AUGCCGAUGGUUGCGCCCAUCUACCUUCCAGGGCAAGAACCAAUGCCAGCUGGCACGACACAAGAACAGAUCGACCAAAUGGCUCAAAUGCAACUAUGGACAAAAAGAGCAUCGAUGGCGAUGGAAUCCUGUCCGGUCAAGUGCGCCAUGAGCGGAGCAGCAGGGUUCGCGCUGGGAGGUUUCUUUUCUCUCUUGUCGGCCUCUUUUGCCAUCGAUGACCCCCUUCGACGUUCCAACAUGAUGGCGGCGAAUCUGACCGCUGGUGGCGCCCCUCAGCCUGAAUUGACUACAGGCCAACAGACCAAAUUGUUCUUCAAAGAGACCGGAAAGGGCAUGUAUAGAUCGGCCAAGGGUUUCGGGAAGGUGGGAGCGCUGUACUCGGGCAUCGAAUGCGUGAUCGAAGGUGUGAGUAGAGCAAGGGCAGUAAUUGACGCUGCAUGCCGACUGCGAGCGUGGUGCGCACUGGUGGAGCUGAUGAAUUUCCCACAUUGCUCGUGCGCCUCCAGUACAGAGCAAAGAAUGACAUUCACAAUGCGAUAUGGGGAGGUUUCUUUGCGGGAGCUGUGCUCGCUCGGAACAGUGGUCCGAAAGCAAUGGUCGGUGGUGGAGUCGCGUUCGCAGCAUUUUCGGGUGCUAUAGACAUGUAGUGAGUAUGGCGUUGGCUCUUGGCAUUGCACCAUCAGUGUCAACUACCCGUCCAUCCCCUACUGACAUGCAGCGCCUCCUUGAACCACCCAGCUUCCGUAGGGAGACGCCCGAGGAACCUUGA